AUUUAGUGGGACCUAUUUCAACGAACCACAACACAAACCCCAUUUGUUCGUUUGUCCAUACUUUCUCCUUUCACUGCAAACUCUCAACACAUACAUAUCCCUUCACUGCCUCUCUUUCUAUUUCUCAUCUCUCUGUUCUUCAAUCCCGAUUGCAAAUUCGUCAUUUGGGUUUGUUCAUCACUAAUUUUCCUCACCUGUGUUAGUUUCAUUUUCCGCUACAUUGCACUUAUGAAAUUUUGUUAGUUUAGUUUCUUUUCUCAGAGGCCAAUCGUCGAACUCGUUAAUGGCGUCUCUAAGGUCCCUUCCUUUUGUGAUCGAUACUGCGAUCGACAGUUCCGCUCCUUUUCAGACUGUGUCUUUUUCUCGAUCUAAGUUGCCUUUCUCUGCAAAUCGUUCGAAAACAUUUCUUGAUCCUGGGGGUUUUCAUGAUUUAACAUUUUGGUGUACGAAAGUUGUGGGUGAAAAUAUAACCAGAUGUUCUUUACGCUGUGAGAGAAUGAUGGGUGGAGUCAGUGGAGGGAGGCGUUGGAGGAUCAAGCGAGGUCUGAGAGCAAUGAACAAGGGUUCUGGGGAAGGCCAGAAUGGUGAAGAAUCAGAGGAAUCUCUUCAGGCCACAAUCGAGAAGAGCAAGAAGGUUCUCGCCAUGCAAAGAGACCUACUCGAGCAGAUUGCAGAAAGAAGAAAACUAGUUUCAUCUAUAAAAAGUAGUAUUAUUAUUAACCCAGAAGAUGAUGGAGUUUCUAGUAAAGAGGGGGGCAGGUCUUUCUUGAACCAGGAUUUUGCUUCAAGUAUUGAUGAUGAGACUGAUGAAGACCCUAAUACCGACAUUCUAUCGAGCAGCAAUAUUCAUAUAACAGGAGAUGAGGUGCCGGAAACCCAAUCAUCAGCUAUUAAUAAUGAUUUGGGUGACAGUGCAAAGGAACCUGAAAAGGACUCACCCUUUCCAAAGACAUCCUUGGUUGCUGAUUCCGACAGACAGUUGAAAGACACUACUCUUGAGACAGCUUGGUCUGAUGAGCUGCCAUCCUUUCUUUUGAAAUCCUCUGCAACAUCGGCUCUGAAGGAUGAAAAGAAAGGAGAUCUGAAAGAAUCAAUUGAGCUGCCAUCCUUUCUUUUAAAAUCCUCUGCAACAUCGGCUCUGAAGGAUGAAAAGCAAGAAGAUCUGAAAGAAUCAGGUUUACAAGAGUUGAAUGGUGAAGCAAAUGUUCCUGCCGGUGAAGAUGUGAAACCUCCUCCCUUGGCUGGGGCCAAUGUUAUGAACAUCAUUUUAGUAGCAGCAGAAUGUGCUCCUUAUUCUAAAACAGGUGGGCUUGGAGAUGUUGCUGGGGCAUUACCAAAGGCUUUGGCUCGGCGUGGACACAGGGUUAUGGUCGUGGCACCUCGGUAUGGAGAUUAUGCCGAACCAAAAUAUGCAGGAGUCAGGAAAAUAUACAAGGUAGAUGGGCAGGAUAUGGAGGUGACCUACUUCCAAGCAUAUAUUGAUGGUGUAGAUUUUGUUUUUAUCGAUGCUCCUGUUCUCCGCAAUAUAGAAAAUAAUAUAUAUGGAGGAAACCGAAUGGAUAUUUUAAAACGCAUGGUUUUAUUUUGCAAAGCAGCUGUUGAGGUACCUUGGUAUGUCCCAUGUGGUGGGAUCUGCUAUGGAGAUGGAAAUUUGGUUUUCAUAGCAAAUGAUUGGCAUACAGCACUUCUGCCAGUAUAUCUGAAAGCAUAUUAUCGUGACAAUGGACUUAUGGAAUAUACUAGGUCCGUCCUUGUGAUUCACAAUAUAGCUCACCAGGGUCGCGGUCCAGUGGAUGAUUUUAAGUACGUGGAUCUUCCACCACACUACUUGGACCUCUUUAGGCUGUACGACCCAGUAGGAGGUGAGCACUUCAAUAUCUUUGCAGCUGGUCUAAAGACAGCGGACCGUGUCGUUACAGUAAGCCAUGGAUAUGCCUGGGAGCUGAAAACUACCGAAGGUGGUUGGGGUUUGAGUGGGAUAAUCAAUGAGAAUGACUGGAAAUUGAAGGGGAUUGUGAAUGGGAUUGAUACAAAAGAGUGGAGCCCACAGUUGGAUUUUCAUUUGAAAUCUGAUGGUUACACUAACUACUCCCUGGAGACCCUUAAGACUGGAAAGGCCCAGUGUAAGGCAGCAUUACAGAAGGAACUUGGCUUGCCCAUUCGUGAUGAUGUUCCAUUGAUUGGUUUCAUUGGGAGGCUGGAUCACCAGAAAGGUGUUGAUCUGAUAGCUGAGGCAAUUCCUUGGAUGAUGGGUCAGGAUGUGCAGCUGGUCAUGUUGGGCACAGGGAGGCCUGACCUUGAACAGAUGCUCAGGCAAUUUGAGGGUCAACACCAUGACAAAGUCAGGGGAUGGGUGGGCUUCUCUGUAAAGAUGGCUCAUCGAAUAACUGCUGGUUCAGACAUUUUGCUGAUGCCAUCAAGAUUUGAACCUUGUGGAUUGAACCAGCUCUAUGCUAUGAACUAUGGGACUAUUCCAGUUGUUCAUGCUGUUGGUGGACUUAGAGAUACAGUGCAGCCUUUUGAUCCUUUCAACGAGUCAGGGCUUGGGUGGACAUUUGAUAGUGCUGAGGCGAACAAGUUGAUCCACGCAUUGGGGAACUGCUUGCUGACUUACAGGGAAUAUAAACAGAGUUGGGAGGGGAUUCAAAGACGUGGGAUGAUGCAAGACCUCAGCUGGGACAAUGCUGCUCAGAAUUACGAAGAAGUCCUUGUUGCCGCCAAGUACCAGUGGUAGAGUUUUGGUACUCAAUGGUUAUAAUUGGGGGCUUUUGGCAUGGUCUAUCUGCUGCAUAGGGUGAUAUUUUCGGGGUUUAUUCGUGCUGGAACUAUCCUAUUCUCCAAGCUUUUUUGAGGAAGGAAACUGAGAUGGUUGCUAGGUAAAUGGUGUCGAGGGUAUUGCUUUCACUUCCACCCCCUCCUCCUCCUCCUUUUUUUUUUUUUUUAGGCUAGUCAAGAUACUUAAGUGUAUCCAUUGCUGGGUUUAUUUUUGACCAAUUAACUAUUUCUUUUAUAGCACAAUUCUGUCUUAAUUAACCUGAGUCGAAAUUCGACUACUGUUUCUUUUUUGGUUUUGACAAGUAGUAGGAUCAUAUGCAUUGAUUAAUGGUCUCGUAGCUGGAUUAGCUAUAAUUGCACACUUGUAAUUUUGCUA